AUGCGGCUCGAUCCGGCCCAAUUCACGGGACCAUCUACGUCGUACCAUUGGAACAACGGGAACGCCGCUAUCCACCAUUCGUCCUCGAGAUUGUUGCCUUUCCAUCGUCUCCUACGCCAGGAGACCGCACAGGGAAUAUCUUUCUUUCGUUUCCGAGCCUCGUCGGUCCCGAGGUUCGCUCGUCGCUCCGAGAUUCUCCAGCGGGAACGAGAUCCCGCCGAUGUUAUCGGUAGCGCCUAUCACCGUCGAUUUUCCUCGUCGGUUCAUCGUUGCUCGGUCGAGCACGGGGACGGAUCCGAAACCAGAAACGCCACUGCCUUUCGUGUCUCUUACGACUCGGUUUACCGCAGCGGAGUGCGCGCGCGCAUUCGAACGCUCACGAAUAUUUUGCAGAAAAAAAGCGGUGAAUGUCGUGUACAGCGAGGGAACGAUCGAUUCAACGUCGAAAACGAGGAAAAGGAAGGUGACGAUGGCGGCGGCGGUAACGACGACGACGGCGACGACGGCGACGACGACGAAGACGAGAACGAUGAUGGGAGCAGCAUCGAGCAGCAUUACACCGACGAUCUUGUUUUAUCGACGUCCCAAGAAUCGAGGUCACGAUCUUGUUACAACGGAAGCAGGAAACCGAGAACGAGGUGGAAGAACGAUGAUCGGGAUCGCGCGAAUCCGUUCGGGGAAUCCGUCAAUUUCUCUCGAAUCUGUAUCGCGAAUGUCACGAACGUUCCUUCAGUCGAUGCAUUUUCUUACACUGCCUACAAUGACGAGAACGAUAUCGAGAGCUGUCGCGAUGGUAAGGACGAGUCGCGUGCCGCGUCAUCCUCCGAGGCCGGGGACGCUCGUUUCGGAGAGGAUGAGCGCAGAGGUGAAGAAGAAGAAGAAGAGACCAAGUUUCGCCGGGUCAGACGAAGUAGGGACGAGUACGAGGCGAGCCAAGUGGUGGAAGGUAUUUGUGGGGAGGAGGGAGAACGUUAUCGAAAAUUUCGAGAUCGCGGUGAGCUGAAUUGUUGGGGAGGGAGAGGUAGUCGUACGCGCGUUAAGGUGCGCGCCGCGAGUGUAAACGGCGGGAAACGCGAGAGCCACUACACUGCCCGGUUCCAACGGAACCCGAUCACCAACGGAAGUGGCGAGAACGUGACGAAACUCUCGACGAACGGACCAACGACAACAAAGGUAUCGAGUAACAACAACAACAACAAUAAUAAUAAUAAUUGGUGCGGCCGAAAGUACGGAUUGCUGUUCAUCUUGUAUCUAUUGGCUUGCCCGGUGGUGUGUUCCGCGAAUCCCUCCGGACAAUUUAUCCCCGAUUUCACCCAUAAUCCAUCCCUCGUGCAAAACCUUCCCCGGCACAACGCCACCCAAAUUUCCUCCCUGUUGUUAUCCUCGAGUGUCGCCGCGCACCAACGUCAACAGCAGCAGCAACAACACCAGCAAUACCAGCAACAGAGGCAACAUUAUCGGCAGAUGGACGAAGGGGAGCAGGGAACGCGUGAACAGUUGGUUCGUGACGUCGAGCAGUACGGUGGUAAGGACGGUGGGCAUCAUCGUCGCCGACACGAGGAGCAACAGCAGGAUGACCAGGCUCGCGAGCAACGGGAGGUGGAGGAAUCGGCGUACAGGGAUCGGGAGGCUUUCCUUUUCGAGACCGAAUCGACGCAUCCUUACAACGAAUACAGCUGGAAGGUGAACCAAAUAAAUCCUUGGUUGUCGGCCUGCGACCUGGCUGGCCCAGCGCCGGCCGAUCUUCAGGCUAGCUGCGAUCCACCGGAGGUGCCGAAGAAUUGCCCUCUCCCCUGCGUGGCGAGCUCGGGGGGGAAAGGGGGCGAUGCCGAGUUCUUCGAGGUGAUGAAGAAGGUGAAGGUCGGCGGGAAUUGUUAUUGGUCGAACGGUGAGAGAGAGGAGAAGGCGGUUGAAUCGGGACGGUUCGGUUCGAGUUCGAUCAAGUCUUUUGGGGCGGAGGGAAGCGGCGAGGGCGCGAGUGAGAGGAAGGGAAGAGGCGACGAUGGAGAAAAUGGCGAGGGCGUGCGAAUGGUUCCGGAACAGUGCCUUUUUUAUCUCGAGGAGUCGCAUAAGAGGAACAUCUGUCGGGAUGAUUUUGGCCGGGCCAGUACUUUAACCCCAAGGGAGAAUCGAUAUUGGUUCAUGAGCGGGCUGCGUCUGCGGCACUGCUGCGAUCACGCGGUGGUCAACGCCCUGGCACCUGGCAAGGGUGGUCCGCUCGAGAAUGUGCUAAACGGUGGCCAGAAGUGCGCCGAUGCCCUGGACAAGCUGUUGCACGUCGAUACGUUAGCCGCAAAAUUGCAUUGUGGGUUCGAGGAAGUGGUCGCGCGAUACGACUGUGCACAGCCCUAUUCCGUCAUCUUCAACUGCACCCACUGCAAGGAAGCGUAUAGAAAAUGGGUGUGCAGCUCCCUGGUGCCUUACUUUGCUCAUGGGGAACCGCAGGACUUGAACAGCUCCAACAGCUGGGCCGGAAGCAGACUCAGGCCCUGCCGAUCCUUUUGCCAAUCCGUGGAGCAACGUUGCCCUUACUUGCUCCCGGGCGACCGUGCCCCCUCCUACCCCACGCAAUACGCCGGUGAACCCACUUUCCUUUGCAGAGAUCCAAAUAUACCCGAGACCGGAGAGCAGGCCGCGAGGGCGUUGCACAGCAACGAGGAAAACGAGUGUUGCUUCCAUGCGUGUUCCGAGGAGUUGGCCGGAUCGGGUAUCUGCGCGAAUUGCACGAAUCAGGUACUGCGGAGGCGCGGGAAGAACUACGAUCCUCCAACGGCUCCCUAUUGCGAGGUUAAUUGCACUCAACCGGCUUCCACGGGUGGAGGAUACCAAGACCCGGGAUCCACGGAUAGCGGCGCGAAGGAGGAAGAGAGAUGCCCGUCGAUGAAUCCCGUGUCGGUGACGAACACGAUGCGACUGAAGGGGACGUUGGUGUGCGGGACUGGCGGUGGCGUCGACUCGAUCGCGAGCGUUUCCUCUUCCAAUCGAUCGGCGGCCUCGAUCCUUCCGCAACUCUUUUGGCUAUGCUCGAUCUUGACCAGUAUCCUCGGCAACGUUCGAACGAUUCCCGUCCUCUGGAUCUCCAAGAUCUUUCUUUGGUCGAUCAUGCCCCUCGCCGGUGUUCGUAGUGACGAGUGUGACGGUGGUGGUGGUGAUGGUGGUGUCGGUGAUCGUGGACUCGAUGGUGGAUCGAACAAGAACAGGAGCGAACUGACGAACUUUCUCGCCUGGCUGCGCCGUUGUUUUCAUUCCAGAGUGGACUAUCACGUGAGCGUGCUACGUUACGUCGCGAACUGGCUGCACGGGAAGUGCGUGGUCGUGGAGCACAGGCGUCGAAGUUGGUGGUGUUGCUGUUGGUACUGGUGGUGGUGGAGGUGGUGGAGAAAAAUAUUGGGCCGCGCUCGAUGGAAAUGUCGACGAGCUCGGCAUCGAUCGCGCGAAAAUAUUCGUUACGGUCAAUUCGCCGGUACGCGUCCUCCUCCUCCUCCUCCUCCUGUUACUGUCUCCACCGCAUCGACUCGUGUCAUUGCACCGGCCACAUCGACCGCCAUCGCCACCAGCACCGCCACAACCACCGCCGCAGCCACCGCCAUCACCACCUCCGCCAUCGCCCUCGCGGGCUGCCACGUGGGGUCUUUUUCCCGCUCGGUAAAAAUGUAUCGCGAUUCAUACCACGACCGUUCGCCAAUGUGGAUACGGAAUUGGCCGCCCAAUUUCCUCGUUGACUCGUUCACGGUUAAGUGUCCAUGGCGGCGAUGGAGCUGGUGGUGGUGGUGGUUGUAUCGAUGGUGGCGGCGAGGCCGGGCCGAGGCUUCGCGCGAGAGAAAGAAUCGUCCUCGCGUCGCUCUUCGACACGAUCGAAGGAGGGGGAGAAGAGGAAGAAGGAGAGGAGGAAGGAGAAGAGAGGGAGGGAUAAGGGUUUUGAACGAAGUUUUCGAAGAGGACGUUCGAUCUUCUCCGACUAGACGGCGAUAUUUUAAAUUAUCCUCGAGGAAAGAUCCGCCAUAGAACAAUUCGAGGAAGACGCGAAAGCGUGAAAUACAGGUUUUUUUCUAUCCGUAACCAGAGCUCUCGGAGUCGAAAAGGACUUUGGCCGUACCUUUUUCGAUUGUGAACUCCUCGAGAGGUCUCGAGGUCUUGGAGCGAGGCAAAACGCGAAGGGACUAGGCAUCCGAGAAGGGGCACGUAGAAGAGGCUUGAGAAAAGAAAUUGAGGAAAGGGUUAGGAAGAGGGGCGUUCGUUAAGUAGGGAGAAGAAAGCGAUAUGAAAAAUAUUCGAAGGAACGGUGAAAAAGUACGUACGUACGGAGGAAAAGUCGAAAUACGAUAACGAAACGUGGUUGAAAGAAAAAUGAGAUGUAUUGAAAAUUGUGCGAUAUGCAACGCGACGUAAUUUUAGGGGAUUUGGGGGAGGAGGGGGAGGGGGAGGGGCAAAAUGAACGUGUAAAGAAGCGACGAAAAAAAAGAGGGGGAAGCACGGGGAUGAGACGUUUGAACGUUGAAAAAAAAAAAAAAAAAAAAGAAAGAUACGCGUCGAUAUUUUAAAGUUCGGACGUGAAGACAAAUGGACGUGAAACAAAACGAAGAAAUCGUAACGUCUGUCGCUAAUAAAUAAUGAUGGUAACAAUAAAAAAACGCGAUCGAUUGAAAUGUAAAUAACGACGACGACGACGACGACGACGACGACGACGACGACGACGAUGACAACGACGAUGAUAACGAAGACGAUGACGAAUGACGGUGACAAUGAUGACGACGACGAAUGACAAGAGCGAUGAUGAUAUAGAUUAUAAUAAUGAUACGAUAACGAGGAAAAACGGUAAAUAAUUAAAUAGUUAACGAAUAAUUAACGACAAUGAAUAAUAAAAUAAAUUAUUACGAUUAAGUAAUUAUUAACAAUUAUUAAAAAGAAACAAAAAAAAAAAAACAAUAACGUUAACGAUAGAAUGAUUACGAUUGCAGUUAUUGUUACACGUUCGAUGUGUCGCAUGCAUUCGAACAUACACGCACAUAUAUACACAAUACAUGCAACAUAUAACACAGGAAUAAUAAAUUAUUUCGAAAAAUAAAUGAAAAAUGUGUAUAAGGGGAUUGUAGCGAGAAUGUGCGAAAGCUGGAGCGAAUGGGACGCGUGAAUAUACAAUUGAAGAAAUUGAAGAGAGGAAGUCUGAAAAUGGUAUAAGUCUCAAGGAAAAAAACCAAAAAAAAAAAAAAAAAACGAUAUAACACAAAAUGCAAGCACAUGUUCCCGUAUAAGCCAUUAAACGAUUAACGAGAUAUUAAAAAAACAAAAAAAGACGUAGGUAGAUAGUAUUUCGAUCGUGACAGAAAAAAAAUACGGAGGACAUACGAAACACGAAUCGCAAGAUUUGAGCAACUUGAGUGCCGAAUCGAUAUGAAAGAAAGAGAGAAAGAAAGACAGAGAGAGAGAGAGAGAGAGAGAGAGAGAGAGAGAGAGAGAGAGAGAGAGAAAAGGAAUUAUAAUUAGUAGAAAUGACAACGGAAUAAAUAAACACGACGUUAUCGAGGUAUAAAUAUGUGUUCGUUUAGAUAUUACAAUAAAUAAGUACUAUAUUAACAUAGACGUGUAACGAUAUAAAUUAAAACAAAGAACAGAGAAACAAAGAAAACAGAGAGAGGGCGCGAGUAUGUAUGCGUGCAUGUGAGAAGAAGGAGAGAAAGCGAGAAGGGAUAGGGCGAGGAAAGAGAUAACAAUAGGGUGAAUGAAAAAAAUUGAAAAACGAGAAAACAUUGACUAGAAAAAAGAAAAAAAAUCGUAGAAAAACUGAAUUUUUUUAUAGAGAAAUAUUCUAAAGAGAUAUUACGAAAAUAGCGGUAUAAAAAAAAAAUAUAUAUAUAUAUAUAUAUCGUUUCCCAUGUUCUUUUCCGCACAGUGUACGUGGCUUCGAUUUAAAAAAAAAAAAAAAAAGAAAAAAUACUUCAAAUAUCCCAAGACACGAAACAACAUAUACAUAAGGAGAAAAGAAUCAAGAGAAUCCUAGUACGAUAUUAUUUAAACGAAGAGUAAAAAAAAGAAAAAAAAAGAAAAAAAAACGUACUUUACUCGGAGAGAAUAGUACUUUACUUUUUUUCAUUACCGUUAAAAUUUAACGGUAGAUUUUGAAUCGCGAAAAAGAAAGAAAGAAAAGAAACAAAAAGAAAAAUUGUUCAUGGUAUCUGUUGCCAUCUUUUUUUUCCGAUCGCGAUGCGUGUUCGCACGUAAAUCGCGAAAAUACAUCUCGAAGGAAACGCGUUUCGUUUCGCGAUUCGAAGUGUGGAACUUUCGGUUAAAAAAACGCAUUACGCGUGGAAGGAUCAGAUUUUUUUUUUUUCUUUUUGUUCGAGCAGAGAAUUGGAGAGAAGUUUUCGAAAGCACACUGAAAUCGCGAAACCGAACAGCAGCGAAGCGAAGCCACGAGGGCCACUAUGCGGAGAGAAAGGCGAAAGAGCGAGGGCGAAUCUCUAGAGCGAGAGGCAAACGAAUCGUCGUCGUCGUUGUGUCGUAAUUGCACGAGAGGGGGGGCAUGCUUGGAGAAACACGUACACGCGUAAAUAAACAAGUACACGCAUAUACGUACAGCGCACACGGGAAAUAAAGAAAUGCACGCGCGGAGAUAGAACGAAGGACACCGUGCCCCCGCGUGUGCAUUCGUUACGUUGUUAAACAUUGUCCAAAUACCAUAAUUGUUACUAACUUACAUUUAUAAGGUGAGAACGGAAGGAUGCGAAUCUGUGUACGAAUGUGAAGGAAAAUGCAAGGAGAAAUGCGAACGAAAGUGGAAAGUGGAUAAAGAAGCAUAUAAAUAUUAUACAUAUAUAAAUAGAUACGUAUUACGAAAGGGGCAGAGAGAGAGAGAGAGAGAGAAAAGGUCGGGAAAAGGAAAAAGAAAACGUUGUAAAUCGAAAUGAUCUUAGAAAAAGCACGAUUGCGCGAUUACAUAUGUAAAUAUCUGUAUUUACAUGUAUAUGUAUAUAUGUAAAAUUUACGUGUAUACAUAUGUAUGUAUGUAUAUGUGUGGGUAUGUAAACACAACAUGUGAACGUCCAUGUAUACGCACACAUGUAAACGGCGUACAUACGUGUUUGUGUAUGUAUGAGAAAUCUUAACGGAGGGAAAAUAUAUGCGAUGAUGUACGCGUGUGUCGAGAAUAACGAAAAUAAACGAGUGAGAGAAAGUGUAGCUAGCUAUCCGCGAGUACUUUCCGUGCAAUUUUUGCGGUUGAACGUAACAGGUGAUAGCUGCUGCGUACCAUUGAUGAAAGCAACGAGAGAAAGAGAGAGAGAGAGAGAGAGAGAGAGAGAGAGAGAGAGAGAAUAGAGUAGCCUUAUUAGCCGAAAAAAAAAUACAUACGAUAUUUAGAGAGAAAAAAAAAAAAAAUAAAAAGAAAAAAAUGCAUGGCCAAUAACGAUCGAACGCCGAUGAGAGACAUCUACUCGGUCGGUAAGAGAGAAAGUUGAUGGACACGGUGUACAUUAUAUUUUAAAGCGAUUAAUUUCCGGUGACGAAAGAAACGAUAAAAACGCACAAUAUGCAAAACGUAAUUACACGAGCUACAUUUUUUUGGCUUAAACAACAGACGAAUCCGUAAAAGCGGUUAUCCGUUAAAGCAAUAACUUGGAACGUGUAAAAAAGAAAACGGCAAUUCGAUCAAAUACGAUAUUCAACGUCGCGAUUGUGAAGGAAAAGAGAUCGAGAAGACGAAAUUUAAAAGAAGGAAAAAAAAAAAAAGGAAAAAAAUGGGAAAGAAAGAAAGGAAAGAAAAGCACUCCGUACGUACGAACGACGAUGAUUCGAGAAGAAAAAUGGAGAAAAAGAAAAACCGAUAGCCAAUAUGGUGCAAAAAUCGCUUAUUCUUUUUCCUCGAAAGUGGCCAUCUAAUUGGCUAUUGGAUUAAAAAGCUUUCGACGUGGACAGACAUUUCGAAAACGGACAUUGGGUUUAAGAAUGAGUUUCACCGUGAGCGAAUCCCCCUGUAAAGCAAGGAGGAAUUGUAAACGCGCUUGAUCCAUCGAUCAUUGUCACGCGAGACACGCGCAAUUACAGUUUUAUCGUUAAAUUCGUAAAUUACAUGUAAUUAUAUACUUACGCGGACACGUAAGCAUAUCUAAGUGUAACCAAAAUUCUUUUUUUGAUCGGAAAUGCGCGUACCCUGGGCGUCGUUUGUCGUUUUAGAGCAAGUUUAAAUUCUUAUCUUACUUUUGAGAUUGACAAUUUCUGAAACCCCUAUUAUUAGAUUUCGAACGUUUCGGAAAUUUCUUGGAAACAACGAUGAAUCCGUUAAAAAAAAAAAAAGAAAAAAAAAUUCUUUUUACCCUUCUCUCAUUGUUAUCUCUUCCUCUUUCUAUGUCGGUCGAACUGUUCUCAUUUUUCUUGUCGAUCGUGUCUCCCCAACUUCCGCUCGAUUUCUUCUCUCUAUCGACACGCUUCCCGUAUCUCCGAGGAACGAUAAAAUUCAUUCGUAUCAACGUUAGAAAACGCCUUUCCUUUUUUCUCUCGAAAUUUAUCGUUCUCGUGGAUCGCGUAUCACUCGUUCGUUCGUUCGUUCUCUCAUUUAGAAAAUGAUAAGCAAUGUUCUUGGACCAUUUAACGAAAGGGGGGGAAAAAAAAAGAAGAACGAGUAUUUAAAGGGUAUUUUCGCACUGUUAAUCGCGAAUAAUAUAAUUUUUCCGUAUAGAUUAAACUAAAAGCAGCGAAAGCGGUGGGCAAGCAAUGAAAAAGCAAUGGAACCGGCGUGGAAAAAGUGUGCAAAAAAUCUUUUUCGCAAGAAACGCGUUAUACGGUCGAUCACUGACCAAAUCGCAGCUGUGUUUUCAGACAUUGUUUCGAGAGCUCUCGUUUCUUAAGGAACCUUCUCAGAGACGCGUCUUUAAAUGGUCGCGUCUACGCUCCAAUCGAUCCUCGAAACUCUCUGCUCGAAUCUCUACGAUAGCGCUUUUUCCAUUGUCCAUCUCUUCCCUCCUUUCCUUUCCUUUUUUUUUCUCGCUAUUCUUAUUUGAAAAGAAGGCGAUCUUGCCCGUGUUCUCGUUUCCAAUUCUCUCUAACGCGAAUCGAUUGACGACACUCGUCAACCCGAUAUCAUUAAUCAUUUUUCGCGAAUGUCAACAACGAUCGUAACGUGUUUAACGUCUAACACGUGAUAUUUCAUACGUGAUAUUUCUCUAGGAAAAAAAAUGAUAGGGCGAUGAGAAUCCGUUUAAGCAAAAAGCAUUCCUCGACGUGCCCGUCGAAUUUCUUUCCCCCCUCUCCCUUUUGAAACGAAAAUUAAUUUCCAACAACAACUGAACGAAACAACACGAACAUUUAUCAACAGGAAUAUUAUUUUCACGUUACAAAGAGAAAAUGAUAAAGUAUGGAAUGGGAUUAAAGCAAGAUAAUAUCGUUAAAAAAAAAAAAAAUUAAAAAGUUUGCACUCGAAACUGAUCCAAUCCCUUUGAUUCCCUCUCUACUUUUUUACUGGAUUGUUGCUGGAAAUUAACCUUUUUUCACCUCCUCCUUCUUCUCCAGUUUUCUUUCGCACUUAUCACGAGAAAACCAACAACGUGAUACGAUAUAAUAACACAUCGUACCAGUGCUCUGUGUAGAUGUGUGCGAUUCGUGCAUCGUGCAAAAGAAAAUUAAGAGAUCCCCCCCCUCCUCUCCUUAUUCUCUCUCCAAAAAACGCACAAAAUAUAGAAUUUCGUUUUUCCGCUCUAACGUUCUCAACUUCAAUCUGCCAUAAUAACCUUCCAUUCCCUCUCUAAUCGUAGUUACGCAUUUUCCAACACUUUUUUUUUCUGCUUCCUGUUCAUCUUCUUGAAAAAAUAGUCCAUUUUAUUCUUUUUUUUAUUUUCAUUUUGUUUCUUAUUAUUUAUCGCGCGUUAUAAACAAAGGAACGAGUUGAAAAGAUGAAAAACAGAGUGCGGCUAUUAUGUACAUAGAUAAUAGUAGUGCAUCGAUGUCAAGAGGAAGUUAAGAAUAUCCAUCCAAUCGUCAAUCGUUGAUGAAGCAUUUAGACAAUACCUUAAACUCGUUAGUCUUACUAGGAUAUAGUAUAUAAUCAUUUACAGAGUUGCUUCUCUUUUCUUUCGCUCUCCCAAAAAAAAAAAAAAAUCACACGUUAUACGUGUCGACCCUCCAAAAUCUGCUGUAAUGGUAAUAAAAAUACAGAGAGAAAGAGAGAGAGAGAGAGAGAGAGAGAGAGAGAGAGAGAGAGACACGAGGAAAAGGAAACAAACACGAGAGAAAGCUGACUAUCCAUCCGGUGGAAGUUCGAAAAAAAAGAAGAAAGAAUAAUUUUGAGCGGUAAUAAUAAUUCGGUAGGACUAGUCAAAUGAAUGAAAAAGUGAGAGAAAUGUAAGAGUGAGAGAAGAGCGGUGCGAUAUAAAAUCGCGGUGAGAGAAAGAGACACGUUAUACGGGAGGACGGGGAAGAAGGGGAGGUUGAAAUGUUGAUGGGGGUGUAUGCACGUGUGCGUGUACGUGUAUACAAUGUGUGCGUAGCGGAGGGAGAGAGGCAAGAGGACCACAGACUACGUAUUGAUCUCGGCCGACGUAGAGCUCUCGCAUAAAACAGGGCAGCUACGUCGACGUUGAUGCCGACAUCUACGUAGUCGUAGUAAUUGUGGUGGUGUCGUAACUGGCUACGUCCUCCCGUUAUUUCGAUUAUUGCCUCUCAAGACUUAUAUCUGCUAUUGUCGAUGAAAAAAAAAAAAAAAAAAGAAAUUGACACGAGUCCCGAGUUCUUUCUUUUCUUCUUCUUCUUCUUUAUUUUUCAACGUGUGUCGCGUGAUAUUCGAAAUACCAUCUUUCGAGUCGUAAAAAAAUAAGAAAGUAAUAACAAUUACUUGAGUUGGAAAUGUAUUAUAUUUAUAUAAUUUCGAAAAUGUUAAAUAGAAUUAUUCUAACCGCGAGGAAAUAGAUAAUUUUAUCGUCGAAAAUUUUAAGUGUUUCGUUUUCUCUUAAUCUCGUCUCUCUCUCUCUCUCUCUCUCGCUCGCUCGCUCGCUCGCCCACUCUCUUCUGCUUUCUUAACACGAAGAUGUGAAUUCGAAAGAUUGCAUUUCGAAUCCGGGAAGAUUGAAUGUAAGCGAUCCACAAUCCACAUUUUUCACGGAUCAAAAUCUCGGAGAAAAAAAAUAAAGACAAAAAAAAUCCGGCCUCAAGUUUUUUCGGUCGUUCAGUAUGGCGUUUCUUUAAGAAACUCGAUUGUUCGCGCGUCCUUCGAUCGACCGGAAGUCUGUCACGAUUCAUCGCGUAACGAACGAAUUAUAUAGAUAAAGAAAAAAAAAAGAUCAAGCACGUGCGUAUACAAGUAUGAAUGCAUGCAUGGAAGAAUGAAUGGAUAAGUGAAGAGAGAGAGAGAGAGAGAGAGAGAGAGAGAGAGAGAGAGAGAGAGAGAGAAUGAGAGAAAGAAUGAGAGAGAGAGAGAAAGUUUAAAGAGCCACUGCCUUAGCGACAGCAGGAUUUGUGCUAGAAACAAGGCCUUAGAAAGUAACAAACCAGAAACAUAAUUAGAGUUAAGUAAGUCUGUUGUUGUUAACAAAAAAAAAAAAAGAAAAAAGAUAACGGUACUUAGUGAAAUCAGGAGGACAAAAAAUGUUGAACGUAUUGUAAAACUAAUUAGCAAUUGUAUUUAAGCGCGUAACAUAAAUAUAUACUUAACCCCUCGUGCCCGCAAUUAAAUAGGCGUGUUAACGCAUAGUUUUACGUAGGAUUAUUAAACGUCGCUUGUCGCAUAUGAAUGAAAGAGGAAGAUACGAAAAAAGACACGAAAAGACGGAAAAAAAGAGGAGAGACAGGGAGCUGGGGAGGAAGAAGGAAAAUGAAGAAAGAGUGGAAAAAAAAAAAAGAAAAGAAGGGGAGAAACGCGUCGCUUGUAUUAAGAGAAUACCGGUACUCGCGAAAUUUUUUAUCUUUAUCUUUGAUUUUGUUUUCUGCUCUUGCCUUACGAAAAAAGAAAAAAAAAAAAAAGAAAAAAAUUACAAAAUGAAACGAAACAAAACGAAAACCAAGGAAAGAGAGGAAAACAGGACGCAUACUUACCGAUCGCGUAUCGAUCGACGAGCGAUGCCAGAGGAGAGAAUCGUUGAACGGACAUGUUCGAUCGAAGAAAAUGAGAUUUCCGAUAGCGCGUCGCACUCGAAACUACCACUUUGAAUCCGAUGUUAGCGUAGUGUACGUAUCGUAAGCUGUCGACAUUUAUACUAUGAACUAUGAGUAAAUUGUAGCGAUCAUUGUGAACAUAGUUAAUAGUAUAGAUUAGUUAACCGCACUAAUUGUACCGAAAAGUGGAUUACAUUUAAUUCCGAAAAAUAAUUAUCGAAGUUUAAUUCAAUAACGCGUACAUUGUACGCGAAUCAAGCCGAGUUAAACGAGUGGAAGGGUGAUUAAUAAAUAAAAAUGAAAAAGAAUAAAAAUUCGAGAAAUUGAGAGAGAGAGAGAGAGAGAGAGAGAGAGAGAGAGAGAGAGAGAGAGAGAGAGAAUGUAUGCGUAUGCUGUGUGAAUGUGCACGUGUGUGAGUAACAGAAUGCAUAUGUGUAAGAAAAUAGAAAAAAGAUUGGAAGAAAAGAGAAAAGAAACAUUAUUGAGAUUCAAUUGAUACAGAUUGAAUAUAUCUUCGAAAUGAAAGAAGAAAUAAAAAAAAAAGAAUCGAAUUAAUUGCAAGCGAGAACGAGCGUGCGUGCAUGGGCGUAUAUUCGAUCGGGCAUGCGUUUCUUCAAAAUGCGUUGCUUGAAAUAAGACAAAUUUAUAAAAUUUUGACAUUUAAAAAACUCGGCGAAAAUUAUUUUAAGUUCGAUCAUUUCAUCGAUAUUCGCAAUUGUUGUUUUUAAUGCACGUUCGUAUAGUUACAUCGUACAUUACAUUAGAAGCAGUUAUCAAAAAUUAUCAAAUUAUCAAAAAUAAUUAUCAAAAAUGUGGUUUGUCAUGAAUUAUGAACUUAAUCAUUAAGAUUCGACUUUCUUAAAUAUUUAUCCCAUAAGAUUAAAAUUACUCCAUCAUAUUCAUUAAUUAAUUAAAUAAUCGAUCUAAUCUAGUUUCUAAAGUUUACUACUGUACAUAGUUUUCUUAUACACGUGACUUUACACAUAAUACACACGUGCGCGGAAACACGUGUCAUUUCCCCAACAUGGACAAUAUUUUUUCAAAUCGUUGCUAUCAUUUUGUAAAUCGAAAAACUGUCGAUACAUCAAUUCACCGAUAUGAUUGAAGCGAUCAUUAAUUUUAUCGAUAAUUUUCUUGAUGAGAUCUAAUUUCUUUUUCUUAUUCUGAUUUCUUAAUGCUUCUGUUCUAUCAAUAAAAUUCUAUCUAUUUGUCGUUCUUUUUAUGAAACAAAACACUUUAUUUGUUUUAAAGAGGCCGAAUAUAAUAAUAAUAAUAAGCGCCAAUUGAUAACGCCACGCAUUUUGGAGACAUUAUAAACGUGAUCAUAAAAAUCCGCGAAUUUUUUAUUCUUGCGUUGCAUGGAUAAUAUACCAUGAAACAUACUAUAAGCGUUUAUAAAACAUAUACCAGAAACGUGCAAAAUAAAGAAGAAAGAAUAAGAAUAAGAAAUAUAAUUUAAAAGCAGACGCGUGAACGAGAAAAAAAUGAAGAGAAAAGAUGGAAAAAAGGAAAAGGAAUAGUAAAUAUGAGUGAAAGUGAGAGAAAACCGUGUGCGUGGUAUGUAUAUGCGUGUGUAUGGGCGUGCGAACAACAGAGAGAAAGGUAGUUUGCAAAAAAAGAAACAUUAGGGUUCCGUCUUUGAGUGUUGGAGGAUGUUCAUUUGUAAUUGUUUAAAUCUAACGAGAAAUGUACUGUAAAACUAUAAGUACUAUAGGCACUAAAAAUAUAUCAUUUGUUGACAUGAAAAAAUAAAAAAAUGAUCCCAGGAA